UACCAACCUAAAAUAGGGCCAAAAGUGCAAAUGACCCAAGUUUGGAGCGAGGUGCGAACAAAGAAAAACCCUAAUUAAAUAGAAUCAUCCACAUCCACACACUCGCAGUCGGCCGCCGUCGUGUUUCGUCCUAAGAGAAAUAGAGAGAGUGUAAAGAUGAGCCGAGCAGCAGCAGCAGCAGCAGUUAAGGGCGGGAAGAAGAAGGGGGCAACCUUCGUGAUUGACUGUUCGAAGCCAGUGGAUGACAAUAUCAUGGAGAUUGCUUCUCUUGAUAAGUUCCUUCAAGAGAGAAUUAAGGUUGGUGGAAAAGCUGGUGCUCUUGGGGAUUCCGUUACCGUCUCCCGUGAAAAGAACAAAAUCACCGUCACUUGCAACUCUGCUUUUUCCAAGAGGUACCUCAAGUACCUUGUCAAGAAGUACUUGAAGAAAAAUAACGUCAGGGAUUGGCUUAGGGUGAUUGCUUCCAACAAGGACAGGAAUGUUUAUGAAUUGCGCUACUUCAACAUUGCUGAGAAUGAAGUAGAUGAAGAAGAUUAAACAUGGCCAUUCAAUGUCUCGCUUUAUCUUCUUCUUUAUGCGGCCUCCUUAUUUUGAUCCUUAUAUCAUCUGUUCGUAUUACUAAUGAGUCUUGUCUUCUCAAUUCUAGAUUAUUGUUUUGCAGUUUGCUUAUCAGUAAAAGAACACAUUAAGUUUGAUACUUUGGUUUGUUUAUCUUUUGGGUCAACUAUGCAAAACUCAUAAUUUUACCUGUAAUACCUUUCUCCUCUUGAUGAUCACAUACAAUUUGAUUUGGGUUGCUUGGAAGCUAA